AUGAACGAAAGUAGAAUUCCCUUGGACAAGGCUACACUAAACGACCUACUGAAGCCCUUCAAGGAGUUCGGCAUUGAAAUUGAUGAGAUAGAUGCACACUCUCAAUACGGGACAAAAGCUCUUUAUUCACUUAAAAACCAUAUUGAAGAUGUCAAAUAUAAAAAUUUUGUAAAGAUUAUUGACGACAUAUUAAAAGAAAUAAGAGCGAUUUCAGUCCCGUAUGAGCAAGGAUUUCGUUCUGAGUUGCUAAAUGGCGAUAACUAUGAGAUUGAAACGCUCGCAAAUUUUGCCGAUUGGGCACUUAGCUUUAAGUCUGAUUCACCUAGUAUGACAUUGCAUACGUUGAGUUAUGACUUGGAUGGUAAAUCUGGUGUUUUUUACGUAGUAAAGACUUUUAAGAUUCUAGCGCAAGGCUAUGAGAUGUUCAACGAAAUGUGUAGAUCAAAACAAUCGACACAACAAUUUUUGAACACAGUGUACACGGAUGUUGCACUCACUCAACUGAAGGGCCACAUCAUGAUGGAGUCUGUGGAAGUUAUUCUUCGACUCAAUAGCGGAGAUGAAUUAACGAACUUUAGAAACCGAACUCGUGAAAAAUUUCGAAAUUACACUACAGAUGUUUACAAUUCGCUUAUGGAGGCGAUGGAGGCAAUGGAAGGUCAGAAUCGAAGUGUCUGGCGUUGUGAUCCCGAUGAACACAUCCCUAAGGUCACCUACGAUGAGGUCACACGAUUACUCCAAGGCUAUAUUGAGAACAAAGUGGAUCUAGAUACCGACGGGUCAUGCCGUAAGACCUGUGGCUAUUAUCAAAAUGCACGCAGCCAGGGUUGCUUCAAGAGUUAUGCCAAGUUUUGUGGACAACAGCCCAAGUGUUCGGGUAAUGUCUACAAUUGUCAGUCCGAGGAUUUCGAUAUGACGGUGUGUCAGUCUCCAAGCGGAAGCAGUCGUCGCUACGAUUACAUUCAUUAUGAGAAUGGAAGAUAUCUGGGAGAGAGCAAGAAAUGUGAGAGAGGCACAACGAAUAAAGUGGAAAUCUGGCACCGUUGGAUUGUCCAGAAUUGCAGAUACUGUUUCUGCCUCUGUGACGAGCAGGGUCCAAAAUCUGAUCGAUACUUCAAUCUACGAGAGGCCAUUGCUGAUGUCGAGGAGAAUAAGGUGGUGACUGGACUGAGGUUUGUGAAGAAAAAUCGUGUAUUCCAUUUACAGAUACAGCAGGCAAAUCUUAUGCCCCACGGCGUCGUCGAUAUUAAGACAGUCGAGUGGAAACCCGUUGAUGAAUACGAGAUAACGGAUGCAAACAUUGUCAGUGGACUGGAUUAUCAUGCAUUAAACUAUUCCAGUCGCUCAAUAGAUCUGGAUAAUAUUAUGAACCCAAAGGACAAUAGUUCUGUGGUAACCGGAAUACGUUUCCGUGUCUUGGGAUCACACCUGAAUCUUAUGGCACAAUUAACUAAAUUCGAUUUCAAAACUGGAAGGCUUCUACAACCAAAAGUCAACAGCAUCUGGCAAUCAAACGAUGGCAAAAAAAGGGAAAAAAUCAAUCUAGAUAAUCUGGAUGUGCCGACACGUACAAAUGACAAAUCUUUACCACUAUCCGAGCAUAACCAAUAUCUGGAUUUUGUCAAUUCUGGAAUGGAUCAGGAUGUGGCGCAAACUACUCUACCAUUUAUCGAUAUACAGGAUGUUGUAUCCGAACCACCAGCACCGUUAGCCGGCAUUGGCAUCUACUAUAAGUCAAAUUCUGGCUAUGGCGGCUUUGUUGCACCAAAAAUUAUCACAUACAACUUGGCACCUCAGCCUCAGAUGUCAGAGAUCAGUUAAUAAAAUUAUUCAACAUGCGAAUUGAUAACUAACUUUAAU